AUCAAAACUUCAUAAUAACAAUCGUCCCAUCUCAUCUCAUUUGUAACUAGAACCUUCUGUUCUGGGUCUCCCGAAACAACCAGUCAAGAAAGUUUAAAAAGUUCAUAUGCUUCGCUGCAAAGAAAACAAAACCAAACCGCGUAUUAUUAGAACAAAAACAACUCAGUCUUAAUUUAAUCCUUAUAUAAAACACUAAUUACGUUCACAAUUCAAAAUCCCAUCAAACAAAUCUUUUUCUUUCUCAUUAGUGUAAAGUAAUUACUUUUGAAAUCAUCCCUCUUUCUCUUUGAUCAAAAUUCAACCAACCAUGUCAGCAACAACAGAACCCCACAAAUCAUCGUCACCUCCACAACCACAACCAAAACAAGAAGCUGAGUCUGAGCCUCACAAUCCCAUCAUCACUCCUCCUUCUUCAACCGAUGACUCAAAGAAAUGGGGAACCCACGUGAUGGGAGCACCAGCCUCCCCCGGUGUACACCCAGAUAAUCAAAAGGCUGCCUUGUGGAGCGCCGGCGACCAUCAACAGGUCUACCAUCAACCGUAUGUGCAGUAUGAUCCGAUCGAAAAGCCCACCAACAACCCCUUUGAACCAGUAAUACACCUCUUCAAUACUUGGAGCACUAAGGCCGAGACAAUUGCCCGAAACAUUUGGCACAACCUGAAGACAGGGCCAUCAGUGUCGGAAGCUGCGUGGGGGAAAGUGAAUCUUACGGCGAAAGCGAUCACAGAAGGGGGAUUUGAGUCACUGUUCAAACAGAUAUUCGGAACUGAGCCGAACGAGAAGCUUAAGAAGACUUUUGCUUGUUACCUUUCGACAUCGACGGGGCCUGUUGCUGGUACACUUUAUCUAUCCACAGCUCGUUUGGCUUUCUGUAGUGAUAGGCCUCUGUUUUUCAAUGCUCCCUCUGGACAAGAAGCUUGGAGCUAUUACAAGGUUGUGAUACCAUUGGGGAACAUAGGGAAUGUGAACCCAGUAACGAUGAAGGAAAGUCCGCCAGAGAAAUAUAUUCAGAUUGUUACCUCAGAUGGGCAUGAUUUCUGGUUCAUGGGAUUUGUUAGUUUCGAAAAGGCAUCACAUCACAUUUUGAGCAGCGUUUCAGAUUUCAGACCUGAAAAUUAUGCAGCAAGGCAACCUGUUGCUUCUUCUUGAAUUUGAAUUGGAAAUAUAUAUAUACAUAUGUUUAUAAAGCUGGAUUUUUUUGUUAUAUAUUAUAUGUUUUCGGGUUCCUAUGUAUUCUACCUAUAUAAUUUUCCCUUUUUCUCAA